AUGCGGCCUAUAACUACUCAUCUCGCAUUGGCGGCAACUGUCACUCUGUUUCUCGCAUCCCUCGCGACCGCGCUUCCACACGGCGAUGAACCAAUGGAUAUGAGAAUGGAUAUGAACGCAGUCACCGACACGCCGCAACCUGAACCCACCAUGAUGCAAAACAACACCGCUGGUCCGAUGAGCUAUUUUGCAUAUAGCAAGCACUCUAGUCCCAUUAUAGCUCACAUUGCUCUGAUGGUUUUGGGAUGGUGCUUCGUUCUUCCUGUCGCUGUCAUGCUGAGCAUUGCGCGCUCACGGCUCGCGAUUCCAUCGCAAUUUCUCUUCUUGGCCUUCAACGCUCUCGGUGUCCUCCUCGGAUUUAUCUAUAACAACCAGACCCCAGACCUCUACGAGAACAAUGCACACCACAAGCUCGGCUGGGUUGCCACGUUUGUUGCCGGUGUCCAGGUCGUCCUGGCUUUGCUCUUUACCUACGCUGGCCGCGGCGAGUCGCACACGCCCUCUUAUCAACAUAAUGCGUUCUUGCCUGUCGCGAUCGACGACCAUGACAAUGAGCGUGUUUGCCUCACCGAUGCGAUGGGCGAGCGUCGCUGGUCUCGCGAUAGCGGCCAAGGUACUGAUAGUAACUCGUCUUCUAUCCAUAGCCCUGGAUCAUCUUGUGGUUCGCCUACCGAAUACGAUGGAUUUGAAAAGCCCGACGAACUACCUGCGAGGGAUGCCGCUCAACACGGCUGGAUUCAUCGCACCGGUGUCGGUCGCUUCCUGUCUAAGACUGUCCCUGGUCUGAUCCCCAACCGGGUGCUCCGCGUUCUGAAUGUCGUCUAUAACAUCGUUGACCGUGUCAUUCUUCCAUUCGGAUUUGCGGCUAUUGCGAGUGGAGCCGUGACUUACGGUGGUAUCAUGAGGGGCCGCGACGUCUUCAACGGGCUUGCCCACUUCAUCAAGGGUGGUAUCUUCUUCUGGUAUGGUAUCUUGACCCUUGGACGCUAUAUUGGUUGCUGGGCAGAUCUGGGUUGGGCCUGGAACAAGAAGCCCUCUGCGGCUAUUGUUGGUUGGAAAGCCAAGGUUCCAUCGGGUGAAGCUACAGAGUCGUUCGUCAUUUUCCUAUAUGGCGCGUCAAAUGUUUUCCUCGAGCACCUCUCCGGUGCGGGUAAGCCAUGGUCUGCUACAGAUCUCGAGCACGUUUCGAUUUCCAUACUGUUCUUCGGUGGCGGUCUGGCCGGUAUGCUUUUCGAAUCUAGUUGCAUCCGCGACUGGGUCAACAACACCAUCCUCCAAACCCCUGCUCAUGCUACCUCGGAUGAAGCCUGGACGCCACCGAGGUCGCAGGGUGUUUCCUUGAACCCCAUGCCAGCCCUGGUCAUCAUGUUGCUUGGCAUGAUGAUGGGGUCGCACCACCAGGACAGCAUGACAUCGACUAUGGUACACAAGCAGUGGGGUAACAUGCUGGUUGGGUUUGCACUGGCGCGCGGAAUGACAUAUGUUAUGUUGUACCUCAAGCCACCGACCUCGUACCUCCCGGCUCGUCCCCCGACGGAGAUCAUUGCUGCAUUCUGUCUGAUCUCUGGAGGUCUGAUUUUCAUGUUAAGUACCCGUAAUGUGAUUCAAUCGAUGGAGUACUACGAACUGGACGCAAUGUUCACCUUCACUGUUGGCCUGGGCUUUAGCGCUUUCAUUAUGGCUUAUGAGGUCUUUGUCAUUGCCGUCAAGGCCUGGGCUGUGAAGCGUGUCCAGCGUUCACGGCCAGACUUCCACUUCAAGUGA